AUGCUGGUAAAUUAUGAAUCGAUCAAUCAUCCAUCAAGGAGAAAAUGGUAUCCUCUGCACAUCCAUCAAUGUCAGAUCCAGUCCUGUUUCCUUCAUGGCCCUGUUAAACGCCAAGUCGCCAAUAUCCGAACCAAAUACAUGGUUACCUAA